AUGUCAUACUUCAUCAUUGUUAGAACCGUGCCGCCGCCACCAGAAAACGUCUUUAUCGACAGGAGUAAAAUCACAGCCUCCACGGUAACUGUCACUUGGAGUCCAGGGGGCGGAGACGGCGAAACGCAGUGGUUUUUCGUCAACCAUCGGGAGUAUGACACCACAUCGACGUUCGACACCAACACCCGAGUCCGAAUACCCGACGGCGUGUACGAGCACACGGUGGUAGGCUUGCGUCCGUACACCGUGUAUGAGAUCGAGGUUUAUGCCGAGAAUGCCAAUGGCCCAAGUGAUUACAUCAAAAGAGUCGUCACAACGCUUUCUACUGCCUUGCCGCCGCCACCAGAAGACGUCUUUAUCGACGAUAGUAAAAUCACAACCUCAACUGUAACGGUCACUUGGAGUCCAGGGGGCGAAGACGGCGAAACGCAGUGGUUUUUCGUCAACCACCGGGAAAAUGACACCACAUCGACGUUCGACACCAACACCCGAGCCCGAAUACCAGACGGCGUGUACAAGCACACGGUGGUAGGCUUGCGUCCGUACACCGUGUAUGAGAUCGAGGUUUAUGCCGAGAAUGCCAAUGGCCCGAGUGAUUACGUCAAAACAAUCGUCACAACUCGACCGGAGUUUGUUUCUACUGCUGCAGGUGCAACUGACAGUCCAGCGAAUAUGCCAGCAGUUACUAAUGGCCCAGGCAAUACUGGAGUCACUGUUGGUAUUGCAGUACUUGCAGUUAUAGCAACUGCCGGCAUCCUGAUUGCUGUUGUUGGAAUCAUCUGGUACAGACGAAAAGCUAGCAGAACAAACUCGGAUAUACCGAUGCAAUCCACAUCCAUUUUUGUGACCCGAGAUCAAGACGCCUCACCGUACGCGACCAUUUCGGAAAGUCUUGCGGAAUUCUCGCGAGACCAGCUGACCAUCAUGCGGGAACUUGGGCAGGGUGAAUUUGGAAAAGUGUUGCUGGCAAAAGCCGCGGGCAUUGUACAACGCGGCGUUGUCACUCACGUCGCCAUCAAAACGAUUAAAGACGGGGCUGGACCAACGGAGAGAGGAGAUCUUCUCCGAGAGAUGGACUUCAUGAAGCAGUUGCCGAGUCACGCAAAUGUCGUCAAGCUUCUUGGCUACUGUGUUGAUAAAGAUCCCGUCUUCAUCAUCAUGGAGUACCUUGCCAAAGGACCCCUGAAGAACGUCCUGACAGAGAGUCGGGGGAAGGUGAAGCAGGCCUACGACAACCUACACGGCAGUAGCAAAUCUCUGACGUCAAGGGAACUCAUCAAGUUUGCCAGAGACGUGGCCGACGGUAUGGCCUUCCUAGCUUCUCAGCAGUGCAUCCAUAGAGACCUGGCAGCCCGAAAUGUUCUCGUGGCCGAGAAUAUGGUGUGCAAAGUGGCCGAUUUUGGGCUUGCACGCGACGUCAAGAAUUUCAGAGUCUACCAACGACGGUCAAAGGGUCUGUUACCUCUCCGCUGGAUGGCGCUGGAGUCAAUUCUUGAUGACGUGUACUCAACAAAAAGUGACGUGUGGUCUUAUGGCGUUCUCCUGUGGGAAAUCCUAACUCUAGGCGCCCGUCCUUACCCCACAAUGAGUACCGAGACCAUGAUUUCCAGGCUGGUGGACGGACUACGCAUGCGCAGACCAAGUCACUGUCAGGAAGAAUUGUAA